GUGGGGCAGCUUUCAGCAGCGCGCCGCGUUUCCUCUCUAACUUUCACCACUCGUUUUCGCCGAGCUGUGGAUGUUUCCUCCUGCCUGCGAGAUGCGGCUCUCCGGCGGCUCCUGCUUCAUCUGCUUCUUUGUGCUCGUACUGACGCUGACUGAUGGCUCCUCAGCGCAGCUUUUUGACAGCUUUGGACUGAGCUAUGGCUUGAGAUCGGAGCUGUCUGAGGAUGCCAUACUCGUGGCUAACAAUGGAAUACGGGUCCCUUUCGGCAGGUCAGUUUUUGUUGAUCCUGUUAACGAUUUGGUCAUCCAGGUCCAGCCCGGAGACAAGUGCACCUUAACAGUUCUGGAUAAUGACCCUCUGUCACAGAGACCGGGGCAGCUGUCUCCUAAAAAGUUCCCCUGCGAGUUUGGCCCAAACGACGUGAAGUACUCGCACUUCGGGUCCAGGAGUCCGUCCAGAGACAGAGUGAGGCUACAACUUAGGUACGACACACAGAGCCACACUGUGAUCAUACCGUUCAUGAUGGAGGUGGAGGUGAUCUUCACUCAGCUGGAGAUUCUGACCAAAAACAUGCCCCUCGCUGUGGAAAAGCUGCUUGGGAUAAGUAAUCCUAUCGAUAGGAAAAUUCUUGAGUUCAUGUAUGAUAGGAAUACAUAUCAGUGCAAAAUAACGUCUCUUGCCAGUGUCAGUGCUUUGCCCAGGUAUGGGAAGCUCAUUGAUGAAGGUAAACUAAGCAAAAUGAUUGACUGUGAUGAAUUUGUCAGGCUAAACGUUCGCUACCAGCACACUUUUGCCCACCGCUCACCGAACCGAGACUAUAUUCCAAUGUACGUUGAACUACAAGACAAGGAAAGUAAUGUCAUAAAACAGGAGUUUUUCCAAAUUAUGGUGCGCAUUAAAGAGGGGGAAGAAAAUACUGCCCCCAAACCCAGCUUUGUGGCGAUGAUGAUGAUGGAAGUUGAUCAGUUUGUGAUGACCGCUAUAACUCCAGACAUGCUCGCUGCUGAGGAUGUUGAAUCCCCACCUGAUGACUUAAUCUUUAACAUUACCUCUCCUCUGUCUUUUGAGGAGGGCUACAUUGUGAGCACAGAUGACAGGAAUUUGCCCAUCACAUCCUUCUAUCAGGGAGAUCUGAAGGAUCUCAAAAUAGCAUACAAGCCUCCAUCUGUGGAUUCGGACAGUGAGAGAAUUUUCCAAAUUGAGUUUGUGGUUGUAGACACAGAGGGAGCCGUCUCUGACCCUUUCGCUUUCAUGAUUGUGGUUAAGCCCAUGAACACGUUGGCUCCGGUUGUGACUCGAAAUACAGGGCAGCUGUUGUAUGAGGGCCAGUCUCGACCGCUGUCCAGUUUGCAGAACCUGCAGAUUAGUGAUGAGGACAAUUUAGAUGAUGUGAAAGUUACAGUGAUAGAUGGGCUGAGGCAUGGGGAGCUCACCGUGCUGGGCUCCAGGAGAAAAUUCUUCACACCGGCAGAUCUUGACCUUGGCUCUGUCAUCUACCAGCACGACGGCAGCGAUACGUACAGUGACAACAUCAUAUUCCGCAUGACAGAUGGCAGACAUGAAGUAGAGUUCCUUUUCCCCAUAACUGUGGUGCCAACUGAUGAUGAGCCACCUAUUAUCAAUGCCAACACAGGUUUAGUGCUGUUUAAAAACCAGAUCAUGCCUAUUUCUGCUUUAAUGCUCAGUGCCGCUGAUAUUGACUCUGAAGACUCGACCAUCAAAUUUAUUAUGGAGCCUCCUUUCUCAACUAUAGGGGAGGUACUACUCCGUCAGUCUGAUGCUCCAGAAGAUCCAUCCACAUGGAGGUUCAAUUCUGAAGAUGAAAUGUAUGAGAAGGCAGUGACAGAGUGGCUCCAACAAGAAAUUACAGAUGGGAAGCUGUUUUAUAGGCACAUUGGGCCUCACAACACUGAAGCCGUUAUGGAUCAGUUUGUCUUCCGAGUACAAGAUGAUAACGACCCACCAAAUCAGUCAGGGGAGAACUCUUUUAUUAUUAAAAUUCUCCCUAUCGAUGACCUCCCACCUGAGCUUUAUCCUGGCACCACCUUACAGCUGACUGUACAUGAGUACCAGCUCACAUACUUUCGCAAGAAAUUCCUACGUUACACUGAUUUGGACUCCGAAGACAGGGAUUUAAAAUACAUCAUCACUCAGCCACCAACAGACACAGAUACCAACAGCCCUGGGAUCCUUGGAACCAUUGUUUUGACAGAGAGUCCAAAUACGGAGGUCACGGAGUUCACACAAGCACAGAUAAACCACCAUAAGAUAGCAUACAAGCCUCCCGAUCUGGAGCUGGGAAUAACUCCGCAUGUAGUGCAGUUCCAGUACACAGUUGAAGAUACAGCAGGAAACAGUGUGGAUGGAACAUUCACCAUUUUCCUGCAGCCUGUCGACAACAAGCCCCCCCAAAUAACCAACACUGGCUUCACUGUGUUGGAGAGGGGAACUCAUGUCAUCAGACACUCCGAGCUUCAUACCACAGACCCCGACACGGAUAGCAAAAGGAUAUCCUUCACGCUCAUCCAGCCUCCUACGCAUGGUCAGCUUCAAUACACGUUUACCAUCCUCACUAAAGGGGAUUUGUUCAAUCUGGAUGAUAUUUUCAAUGGCAGGAUCUCCUACGUUCACAAUGGAGAUGAGUCAACCAGUGACUUCUUUCAACUUGAUGUAAGUGAUGGGAUCCAUGUUGUCACAAUCACCAUUAGGAUAACUGUGAAGCCCGUUGAUGAUGAGGUUCCAACCAUAAACCUUCCAGAAGGUACCAUUGGUUCCUACAUUGACGUUUUAGAGAAUGGCGCUACGGAGAUCACCACUAAUGUCAUUCAAGGACGAGAUGAGGACACUGAUGACCUCAGACUGACCUUUAUAGUGGAGGAUCCCCCAGUGUUUGGUGAAAUACUAGUGAAUGGAGUGUCGUCCAACAGAUUUACGCAAGCAGACAUCAUCAGUGGCUUUGUAGUCUAUGCGCACACAAGUGGAGAAAUUGGCCUCACCACAAAAGAAGACUUCUUUAAUCUGACGCUUUCAGAUAUGUCUGAUGAGUGGACUGUUGGAGGCAAUAAAAUCAAGGGCGUUCGAGUGCAGGUAACUAUUCUGCCAAUAGACAGCCAAGCCCCUGAGGUGUUUGUAGGUCCCCAAUUCAGCGUUGUUGAAGGUGAGAAAAAUGCCAUUCAGAUAUUGCACAUAAGCGCUGAUGAUAUUGACACUCCCAAUGAUGACCUUUUGUGUACGAUCAUUGUUCAGCCUACAUCAGGAUACUUGGAGAACAUAUCGCCUGCUCCAGGGUCAGAGAAAUCCAGGUCAGGAAUCGCUAUUAGUGCGUUCACCAUCAAAGACAUCAAACAGAACCAUAUCUACUAUGUACAAAGCAUUCACAAAGGAGUGGAGCCAGUUGAGGACAGGUUCACUUUCAGAUGCUCUGAUGGCAUCAAUUUCUCAGAGAGGCACUUUUUCCCCAUUGUGAUAAUUCCAUCCAAUGAUGAAAAGCCAGAGAUCCACAUGAGAGAGUUUGUGGUAAUGGAAGGCAUGAACGUGGUGAUUGACACUCCUAUUUUGAAUGGUGUGGAUGCAGAUAUUCCUACAGAAGAAUUGACCUUUAUUAUCACUAAACCUCCUAAACAUGGCUUUAUUCUAAAUCAGUUAACAUCUGGCACUGUUCCUGUAACUAACUUCACUCUAGAUCAGAUAAGAGAGGCCUCUAGUAUUGUUUAUGAGCAUGAUGAUUCCGAAACCACAGAGGACAGCUUCACUGUUCUUCUCACUGAUGGCAAAUUCACGGUGGAAAAAACUGUCAUUAUCAUGGUCAUCCCAGUGGAUGAUGAAACUCCAAGGAUGGCAAUUAAUGACGGCCUUGAAAUAGAGAUAGGUGACAUCAAAGAAAUCAACAACAAAGUUCUAAAAGCCACAGACCUGGAUUCAGAGGAUAGUACGCUAACCUAUGUUAUCCGUUAUGGUCCCAAUCAGGGAAUUUUACAAAGGAGGACGCCAUUUGGAACACUGGAAAACAUAACUAUCGGAAUGAAUUUCACACAAAAUGAUGUUGACCAGGGUUUGAUUUUAUAUGUCCACAAUGGACAAGAAGGAAUACGUGACCUCAUCAAAUUUGAUGUCACCGAUGGCAUCAACCCACUGAUUGACAGGUACUUUUACGUAACAGUUGGUGGAAUAGACAUGGUGUUCCCUGACGUAGUUAGUAAAGGGGUUUCUCUGAAAGAAGGUGGAAGAGUGACUCUAACCACAGACCUGCUCAGCACCAGUGACCUCAACAGCCCAGACGAACAUCUGGUCUUCACUAUCACUCGAGCUCCUAUGAGAGGCCAUCUGGAGUGCACAGACACGCCUGGCAUGCCCAUCACCUCUUUCACUCAGCUCCAGCUAGCUGGCAACAAAGUCUACUACAUCCACACUGCAGAUGAUGAAGUUAAGAUGGACAGCUUUGAGUUUGAGGUGACGGAUGGUUACAACCCCGUGUUCCGGACCUUCCGCAUCUCUAUAACAGACGUGGACAACAAAAAGCCUGUGGUCACCAUUCACGGGCUGGUUGUUACAGAGGGUAAGACUAAGUUAAUAACCCCUUUUGAGUUGACCGUGGAGGACCGGGACACUGUUGACAGGUUCCUGAAGUUCACCAUCACCCAGGUGCCUGUUCAUGGGAAGCUUCUGUUCAACAACACCAGGCCUGUCACCACCUUCACCAAGCAGGAUCUCAAUGACAACAUGAUCAGCUAUAAGCACGAUGGAACAGAGUCUGCAUCCGACAGCUUCUCCUUCACGGUCACUGAUGGAACCCACACAGACUUUUACAUCUUCCCUGACACAGUUUUUGAAACACGCAAGCCACAAGUGAUGAAAAUCACAAUCCUUUCUGUGGACAAUGGCAUUCCACAGAUUGUGGUCAACAAGGGUGGUACGAUGCUGAGAACGCUGACUACCGGCCACCUGGGCUUCCUGAUCACCAGUAAAGCUCUGAAGGCUGAGGACAGAGACAGCCAUCAUGGAGCUGUGACUUUUAGAGUCACUGUGGGUGCAGAGCACGGCUACCUCAUCAAUCUGGGCAAAGGAAACGCCACCAUCACCACGUUCACACAAGCUGACAUUGAUGACAUGCACGUAUGCUACGUACUUCGAGAUGAAAACAAUGCCACCAGCGACACCUUCUAUUUCUCCAUUGAAGACAAUGGAGGAAACAAGCUGAAGAACCAGCAGUUCCGGCUGACCUGGGCCUGGAUCUCUCUGGAGAAAGAGUACUACCUAGUGGACGAGGAGUCCAAAGUGCUGGAGGUGGUGCUGAAACGCAGAGGUUAUCUCGGAGAAACGUCUUUCGUUAGUAUUGGUACCAAAGAUGGGACGGCAGAGAAGGACAAAGACUUUCGAGGCAAGGCCCAGAAACAAGUCCAGUUCAACCCUGGUCAGACCAGUGCCACCUGGAAGGUGCGGAUCCUCUCCGACAAUCUGUAUGAGCAGUCUGAAACCUUCCAGAUCGUUCUCUCUGAGCCCGUGAUGGGGGCUCUGGAGUUCCCUCAGGCAGCCACCGUGGAGAUAGUGGACCCUGGAGAUGAGUCCACAGUGUUCAUCCCUUCGGCUACAUACUCAAUCGAGGAGGACAUUGGAGAGCUUUUGAUUCCUGUCCGCAGGUCAGGGGACGUUAGUCAGGAGCUGAUGAUCAUCUGUUUCACACAGCAAGGCACAGCCACUGGCACUGUCCCCACCUCUGUGCUGUCUUACUCGGACUACAUCUCACGCCCUGAGGAGCACAACAGCGUCCUGCGCUUCGACAGGGAUGAGACGGAGAAAGCCUGCCGUGUGGUGGUGAUAGAUGAUUCUCUCUAUGAGCCGGAGGAAAGCUUUAACGUCACCCUCAGUAUGCCAAUGGGCGGCCGGCUGGGUCAGGAGUUCUACACCACCAGAGUCACCAUCCUGCCUGACGCAGAUGAUGCUCCAGUGUUCUAUUUUGGGGAGGUGCAGUACCAUGUGGAUGAGAGUGACGGCUAUGUGGAGGUUCGGGUUUGGAGGACAGGAUCUGACCUCUCUAAGACGGGCACGGUUACUGUGCGCUCCCGAAAAACUGACCCUGUUUCAGCUGAAGCUGGUGAAGACUACGUGGGGAUCAGUAAGAAUCUGGACUUUGCUCCAGGCGUCACCAUGCAGACGUUCCGGGUGACCAUCCUGGACGACCUGGGUCAGCCAGUGUUGGAGGGUCCUGAGAAGUUUGAGCUGGUCCUGCGUAUGCCUAUGAACGGCAUCCUGGGAGAGCCAGGAAAAGCCAUCAUCAUCAUCAACGACUCUGUUUCAGACUUGCCUAAAGUUCAGUUCCGGGAUGUGACAUACACAGGAAACGAGAACGAUGGGAAGAUUACGGCCAUCAUUUACCGCAGUGGCGACCUGAGCUACAGGUCCAGCGUACGCUGCUACAGUCGUCAGGGUUCAGCCCAGGUCAUGAUGGACUUCAACGAGAGGCCCAACACAGAAGCUUCCACUAUCACUUUCUUACCAGGAGAAGUGGAGAAGCCAUGUACUCUAAUUCUAGUUGAUGAUGCUGAGCAUGAGGAAGUCGAGGAGCUGAGGCUGGUGCUGGGGAGCCCCAAAAGCGAGUCUCCAUUUGGGGCGUCCAUCGGAGCUCAGAACGAGACACUCAUCAAGAUAAAGGAUGAUGCUGACAAGGCCAUCAUCAGGUUUGGGGCGACUAAGUUCAGCGUGAGUGAGCCCACUGAGUCUGGACAGGUCUCUGUGGUGAAGAUCCCUGUGCAGCGUGUAGGGGACACUUCCAAAGUGUCGGUGGUCCGCGUCCAUACCAAAGAUGGCUCUGCGUCAUCUGGAGAAGAUUACCACCCGGUAUCAGAAGACAUUGAAUUUAAGGAAGGGGAGACGGAGCACACGGUGGAGAUUGAGAUUCUGUAUGAUGGCGUGCGCGAGAUGAGAGAAGCAUUUACGGUCCACCUGAAGCCGGACGAGAACAUGGUGGCCGAGAUCCAGAUGACCAAAGCCAUCAUAUACAUUGAGGAAAUGAACAGCAUGGCUGAUGUGACCUUCCCCGCAGUGCCAGUGGUCAUAUCCCUCCUGCAGUACGAUGACACGAGCAGUGCCCGAGACAGCCAGCCAGCUGCCGGCUACCCUGUCGUCUGCGUCACAGCCUGCAACCCCAAGUACCCAGACUUUGACCGCACCGGCUCCAUUUGUGCAGGCGAACUUAUCAACAACACGCUGACACGAUACCGGUGGCUCGUCAGCGCUCCCACAGGGCUAGACGGGGUCACCAGCCCCAUGAGGGAAGUGGACUUCGACACUUUCUUCACCUCCUCCAAAACCAUCUCCCUGGACUCUGUAUACUUCCAGGCCGGCUCGCGGGUGCAGUGCGCAGCUAGAGCGGUCAACUCCAAUGGGGACGAGGGUCUGGAGCUCAGCAGCUCCAUUGUUUCCAUCAGCAUAGAGGAGGGUCUGUGCCAGCCUCGAGUGCUGGGCGCAGUGGGCGCUGAGCCUUUCUCUGCCAAACUCCGUUAUACUGGACCAGAAGACUUGGAUCAUCCAAACCUCAUCAAACUGACCAUCACCAUGCCGCACAUAGACGGGAUGCUCCCUGUGGUGUCCACACGUCCACUUUCCAACUUCGAGUUGACUCUGAGUCCGGAUGGGACACGAGUGGGUAACCAUCGCUGCUCCAACCUGCUGGACUACAAUGAGGUGCGCACACGCCAUGGGUUCAUCACUGAAUCCACCCGCAACCCAGAGGCCAUCGGGGGCACAGCGCCUUACCAGUACAGUGCCACCCUGAGGGGCCAGAGCACAUUGCGCUUCUACAGGAACCUCCACCUGGAGGCGUGCCUGUGGGAGUUUGUCAGCUAUUACGACAUGUCCGAACUGCUCAGCGACUGCGGGGGGACCAUCGGCACAGAUGGGCAGGUGCUGAAUCUGGUGCAGUCCUAUGUGACCCUGCGUGUGCCACUGCAUGUGUCCUAUGUGUUCCACUCCCCAGUGGGUGCGGGCGGGUGGCAGCACUUCGACCUACAGUCUGAGCUCAGGCUCACUUUUGUGUACGACACUGCCAUCUUGUGGAGGGAUGGCAUUGGCAGCCCCCCGGAGGCAGAGUUACAAGGAGCUCUGUAUCCAACAAGCAUGCGCAUUAAUGAACAUGGCCGUUUGGUGGUUAAUUUCCGCACAGAAGCCCGCUUCAGGGGACUGUUUGUGACUUCCCACCCCGCCUCGCCUUUGACCUCCAUGAUAAUGUGUGCGGACCACCCCGGGCUGACCUUUAACCUCAGCCUGGUGAGGAGUGAGCCCACCUACAACCAGCCCAUGCAGCAGUGGACCUUCGUCUCUGACUUCGCUGUGAGGGAUUAUUCAGGAACCUACACAGUGAAGCUUGUGCCCUGCACUGCACCUCCAAGUGUGGAGUACACUCUGCCCCCAGUGUGUAAUCCCAGAGAGCCUGUCACCUUUGACCUGGACAUACGCUUCCAACAGGUGAGUGACCCAGUAGCAGCAGAGUUCAGCCUGAACACACAGAUGCUGCUGUUAUCUAAGAGAACCCUGUGGCUGUCAGAUGGCUCCAUGGGCUUUGGACAAGAGAGUGACACUGCAUUCUCUGAGGGUGAUAUUAUCUAUGGCCGUGUCAUGGUGGAUCCUGUACAGAACCUUGGAGACUCAUUCAUCUGUAACAUUGAGAAGGUGUUCAUCUGUACGGGAACAGAUGGUUAUGUGCCAAAGUACAACCCUGAUGGCUUUGAAUACGGCUGCCUGGCAGAUGCUCCAUCACUGCUCUACAGAUUCAAGAUCAUUGACAAAGCUCAGCCAGAGACUCAGGCCAGGACGUUUGGUAGCAUUAGCUUCAAUGCUCUGCUAGCUGUUGACGACCCUCAGGCUUUGGCUUUAGUAAGGCAGCCAGGAUCAGAUGGUUUUAGCCUGGAUUCAACAGCCCUGUUUCAGGUAUCUGCAGGCAGGGAGUGGUACAUCCACACCAUCUACACCGUCCGCUCCAGAGACAACGCUAACCGAGGCAUCGGAAAGAGGAGCGUGGAAUAUCAUCAAGUAACUCAACAACACCGCCCACUUCAGACCAGCUCGACUCGAUCCAGAAGGUCCGCCAGUGCACCGGCGCUGGCUGAGGAGAUCGGUUUGGAGAACGAUCGGGGCACCAACAUCCUGCAUAUCGCUCUGGACCGCAGCAGCCAAGGGCAGCCUCGGCCCAACAUUAACGUCCAAAACGUGGUCCAUCCUACAGUGUCGACACCCAGAGAGACCGGCGAGGAUCACCUGUUAAUGAUCAUAGGAAUUGCGGUGGGUCUUCUCUUGACUGUCCUCCUGCUUGUGCUUGUGGUUCUCUUGGUACGGUCCAGACAGGAGAAGAAGGGCAGUGAGCCUCCAAAAGGCUCCAGCAGUACGGAGCCCAUGAUGACUCAUGUCCUGGAUAGUAAUGACAGCUCUGAGGUGUGACCAUUUCUUUGCCAAGAGUUUCACCAAGUGGACACUCAUUAGAAUCGCUUUUGUUUUGCAAGUGCCUCUUAUUUAUGUACUAAGACUUUGACGAGUAAAAGAUUUGAAGUGACUAAGAAGAGUUAAAACCAUGGAUCCAACAUUCUCUAACAAAGACCAACAAAUCUAAAUGGUGGGUUGGUUUGCGCAUACCUGAAUGGAAUGGUAGGGAACCACUAGAAUGUUCUCACUCAAUUCACACUGUUCUUGAAUGUUCUCCACCAUUCACAAUGUUCUAGAAUGUUCUCUGCAUUUUGACUGCUCUAGCAUGUUCUGUCUCUUUCACAUGGUUCUAAAAUGUUCUUGAUGUAUUCACAUCAUUUUAGAAUGUUCUCCACCCACUCAUGUCAUUUUAGAAUGUCAUUCACAACAUUCUUGAGUGUUCUCUCUGUUCACAAAGGUCUAGUGUGUCCUCCAUGCAUUUACAGUGUUCUUUAUUGGUUCUCAAGUUCUUCACUCAUUUACACUGUACUAGAAAUUUCUCUACCAAUUUACACUCCUCUAAAUGUUCUGCAGCCAUUUAAACUGUUCUAGAAUGUUCUUCUCUUUCACGUUGCUCUAAAAAUAUUUUCUCCAUACACACUGUUUUAAAAUGUUCUUCAGCAAUUCACACUGUUUUAGAACGGUAUCCCAGAUUCACACUGUUCUAGUAUAUUCUCCCCAUUUAGUCUGCUCCAGCAUGUUCUCCCUCAUUCACACAGUCCUAAAAUGUUCUUGCCCCGUUCACAACAUUUUAGAAUGUUCUCCACCCACUCAUGCAGUUUUAGAGUGCUGUCCCCAUUCACAGUGUUCUAUAGUGUUCUCUCUCUUCAUCCAGGUAUAGUAUGUUCUCCACCCAUUCACACUGCUCUUCAAGUUCUCCACUCAUUCAUACUGUACUAAAAAAUUAUCUACCCAUUUAUACUCCUCUAGAAUGUUCUCCCUCUUUCACAUGGUUCUAAAACGUUCUCAGCCUAUCCACACCAUAUUAUGAUGUUCUUCAUACAUUCAAGUAGUUUUAGAGUGUUGACCCCAUUCACAGUGUUCUAGAGUGUUCUCUCUGUUCUAGAAUGUUCUUGCCUUUAACACUACUCUAAAAUAUUCUCUUCAUUCGCACUAUUCUGGAAUGUUCUCCUAAAUUUACACUGUUCUGGAAUAUUCACCCAAAUUCACACUGUUCUGGAGUGUUUUCUUCAUUCACCACCCCUUCACACUAUUUUAGAAUGUUCUCUCUUCCACGUUUGGCUUGUUCAUUUGGUUUGUCCGCUCUUAUUCUUCAAUAGUGUAAAGCCAGCUGGUGCUUGUUGGUAAAUGUUGGGUCAGUAUGCCAUGUCCUUUAUUCAGAUUAAUUCCUGGUCUCUUAAAAGCUCUGCAGCCUCAUGCAUUAAUGGUUUUGUGUUAUGUAUGUUUGGAAGACCAGGCCUGAAUCUUUAAGGUAUUUGGCCAAAACACAGAACUCGCGAGCACUUCUGCUAUUUUAUGAUUUUGGGAAAGACUUGAAGUCAUUAGCCAGUUUUUAUCUAAAUGAGGCACUUAUUGUGUACUACUGCUUCAACCAUGGUGUAAGUCAUCAACAACACAGGAACUUUAUCUAAAUCCAAAGGUGCUAGAAGCUUCCUAUCCAGGUGGGUAGGCAUUUAACUGUUUAAAAUGUGUUUGUUUUUAUGAACAUGUUUAAAGACUAAGUUCAAGGAUAAGUUAGUGGUUUAACAUUGUUUACCAAUCACAUUUUGUGGGGUUCAAAUCAAAUCAGAGCAUGAAUGACCAUAUUAGUAACUUCAUCAUAGGGCUGGCACGAGUAAUUUAAAUAAUUAAGUACAUGUUUUUCGUUACGUUCGUGUUUGUUUCUCUUUUUAGUAGUAGCUUUUUAAGCCACAAAAAUGGUAGCCUAAAACUGCAAUAAUUUUAGCAGUAAAUGUCUUUAGAUAGAACAGUUAUUGUUAAUAAAUGGAAAGUGCUAUAUGUGUAAAUCCAAAUCACCUCGCCUCACACAACAAACUGGACUGCUUUCCAUGUUUUACUGAAGUUAGGAAUGGCGAGGAGCACAAAUUAUUGAAAGAAACAUUCUUAGUGCAGAAUCUGCAAUAAGACGCUGGAGUACCAUAGACAAAUAUGUAAGUAUUCAUUUCAAGAUUUCAAUUCAUUUGUGCUCAGGUGCUCACUAUGAAUGAGCAUUCUGACUGAUUUUGAUAUUUGUGCAUCUGUAAGAGUCAAUAUACCAUAGUAUUAUAAUAUAUAAUAUUAACCACUGAGGGGAAAAAACAACAAAGAGGAAAAAAUAUACAUCAGCCAAAUUAAGCGAGCAGUAGACUAGCAUACUGGUGUUAUUAGGCUUACAUUUUAGAUGGUAAGAGAAUAUUUUUUUUUUAUUGAAAAUAAACUAUGUGGCCAAAAGUAUGUGGACACCCGUCCUACUGAUGAUGUUCAGAUGUUUCAGCCAUACACAUUGCUCACAGGGGUCUCUGUAAACAAACAAUAGCAGUAGAAUGGGUUGUACUGAAGAGCUCAGUGACUUUAAACGGCUCUAUCAUAGUAUGCCACCUAUGCUACAAUUCAACUUGUGAAAUUUCUGACCUGCUAGAUCUGCCCCAGACAACUGUAAGUGCACACUGUGUGUAAUGGGGGAAUCUAGGAGCAACCACAGCUCAGCCAUUAAGAGGUAGACCACACAGACUCACCACGAAUGCUGUUUAAAACAUAAUUGCCAUUUCCCUGAAUAAUUAGCUUGUGUACUUCCCCGUCUUCCUGUUGUGAAACAUAAUGAAUACCUGAACAGUGAUUUCAGUAUUUGAAUACUGGCAACUUAAACAGUUAGCCCAAUACUUGAGUACUCAUGCAUUUCCCACUGUUCAUUUAGAAAUAGCAAUGAACAUUUACAGCCGGUACAAUGCUGUUUGGCCAGCCCUAAUUCGACAUUUUAUGGUCAUUAUUUUGUUUGUUUUGACAUUUUUUAUACAUUUUGACUUUUUCCACUAUUUUUGCAUGAUUAUGUUUUUGUGAUUUAGUGCUUUUUUAUUAAUCAGGCAUACAUUUGCUGUGUAAAAAAUGUAUUAUAAUGUAAAUUCAUAUCAAAAUUUGAAAGAAGUGUUCAAACGGAUUUUAACUAAUAGUGUCUUUUAUACAUGUACACACCAGUUUGACUGAUUAUUUCUUGACCCCCAAUUGACUACAGUGAUUGUCAUGGCCUAUUACUGAACAUGGAUGAUGUCACGUUGACAACUCAAAUUUUAUGAAAUUAUAGUGCGUUAAUGAUUAAGACAGCUGGACUGCCUUACAGAGUAGUCCUGUAUAAUCAAUGUGUUAAAUCUCAUGAUGUUUUCUGUAUAGUUUCUGCAUAUUGACUAACAGAACUGGUCAAAUGUUUGUUUCAGUAGUUAACGUGUGAACUUUAAAACGGUUCUCCAAAGCUUUGUGUUGCUGUUCUGUGCUAUAUUUAAUCAUAGGCUUGCUCGGAGUACACUGGUAUAAAUGUAGAAGCGAUUCUCAGAAAGGGACUGCCAAUGUAAGACACACUGAUGCCUUUUAUUGAACUUCAUUUAUGUUGAAUGAAUAAUUCACAGGCUUAUUAGAUGUUUAAGUGCACAUUUCUACAAAUGUUUAUUUAUUGUUUAUCAUCUAUAUAGUCACCACUGAGUACAGAUUGCUCUUACUCAGCCACAGUUAAUCACGCACAUACUGUAGAUUUAUGCAUUUGUAUUAUUCACUCCUUGCAUUAGUUAGGGCUUACUUACUCGGUUAGUACAUGACGCUCCUCAGAAUGACCUCAUCAUAAAUAGCUGAAAUUAAUGAUUACAUACAGAAAUGUCUCUAUACUUUGAAAAAAAAUUGCUAUGCAAUUCAUAGUCAAAUUCUGCCUAAUAGCAAUGCAGCUGAACUUUUUUUCAUGCUUCUUGUUUGUCACAGUUUCGUUUUCCUGUAGACUGUAAACUCCGUUUUUUCUGAUCAUCCUGAAUGCAUUUCACACCUACGCGAAGUGGUCGCUCCCGUCUGUGUACAUAUGUAUUUGCAUAGAAAUGUGGAUGUUUUUGGGGAAUGGUCAGUGUUAAUAAAUUACUAUGUAUGUAUUCGUAAUCUACACACUGUAAAUGUGUUCUUUAAAAAAAUAAAGUGUGUCUUUCAGUAACUUGGCAAUGGAAAUACAUCAACUAUGCA